AUCCUAGAAGGCUCCUGCGGGGAAUGUGCGCGGAGGGUCGGGACGUCCGAGGGCACGUGGGUCGCCCUGAGUUAGUGGCAGCAGCCGGGAGAAAAGUUGGGCCCGUCGAGCCUGGCGGCCGUCCUGCACUUGCAGCGAAGGCGAUUUCUUCAAAAGGUUUUGCUCUUACUGGAAGCUGAAGGUCCUUUUGGUGGAAGGAAUAUUUAGAUCUAUUCGUUGUGAGGUUUUAUGACAUACCUGAAGACAAUGACUUGAUUAUGACUCUCUUCCAAUGGUAUAAUACAUCUGUAAUGUUUUGUCCUAGUGGCAAAUUUUUGGUUCCAAGAGUGCUGUAAACUGGAACUGUAUACAAUACAAUCAGCACAAUGCUGCUACGAUCGACCAAAAUGCAGAAACCGUUUCAGCUGGCAUUUAGGACCUGUUUGCUAUCCUAUCGUUCCUGUAUCUUUCCAUGCAUCCAAGGAAAAACAUCCUUACACCCAAUUAGGCAGAAAACAACAUCCUUGGUGCCGAGCUGCCAAUGUCAAUACCUGCAUUCGUCUGCUCCUUUUUGGGAUUCCAAGGAAGGGAGCUUUGUGGGCAAGACAUCUUCCCAACCUGAAGACCCUCAAAAUAAAGAACUGAAGAGAGAAAAUCUUACCACAUCAGCUGGUAAUUUUGCCAGGGAAACACCUAUACAGCCUAAUUCUGUAGAACUUGACCCUUUGCAAGAUAAAUCAAUUAGUCUUGUGCAGAGAUUCAAGAAAACUUUUAAACAGUAUGGCAAAGUUCUGAUUCCUGUGCAUCUUUUGACCUCCAGCAUAUGGUUUGGAACUUUUUACUAUGCAGCUUUAAAGGGAGUAAAUGUCGUCCCGUUUCUUGAAUUCAUAGGGUUGCCUGAAAGCAUUGUAAACAUCCUAAAGCAUUCUCAAAGUGGAAAUGCAUUAACUGCCUAUGCAUUGUAUAAGAUUGCAACUCCAGCCAGAUACACAGUGACUUUAGGAGGAACAUCUAUCACUGUGAAGUAUCUUCGCAAGCAAGGACAUAUGUCCACACCACCUCCCGUGAAGGAAUAUAUUCAAGACCGAAUGGAAGAAACAAAAGAACGAAUCUCGGGAAAAAUGGAGGAAACAAGAGACAUGAUUAGUGGAAAAAUGGAAGAAACAAAAGAAAAAUUAACUGAGAAAAUGGAAGAAACAAAAGAGAGGAUAACCGAAAAGAUACAAGAAACCAAAGAUAAAGUUUCAUUUAUAAAGAAGAAAGAAUAGGAAAAUUGGUGUGAAAGGUGAUAUUUUUAAUCCUUUAGAAUAUCUGAAAUGUAUGUUCUUGCUACUGUUCCUGUCCAUUUUGUUAUAGGCUGACUAGACAUUUGAAAGCUAAAAAGAUAACGCUUAAGACGUACACUGGCCUUAAUAAAAAUGAUCCAACGUUUUCCAAUGUAUGAUGUAGUAAAUGCAACAGUUUUCUCCACAACUUAGUUCCUGGAGAAUAUUCUGUGGUUGUCCCAUCAGUGACUUGAAUGAAUCUCUGCACAGUUGAAUGGAGCUGAUAUUCUUACCUGGCAUCACUCACCUUGUUGUAAAACAAAGUAUUAAAAUGGCUCAGUCAUGUAAACAAUCUUGAAUAUUAGAAAUUGUGACAAAAUUUGUAUAUUAAUUAAUCUUACUAUCUCUAAAAAGAUCAGGUAAUUAGAAAGCUAGGUUAUGUUCCAUAUUCCUUUUAUAAAAACUUGACUUAAAAUGAUGCGUGAGGCUCAGUGAAAUGGUACUAAAUGUAAUUUCAUAUUUAUAUUGUAAAAUGGACUUUGAUUCUUCUUUAGGCUAAAAUAAGUAUUACAUUUCAUAUCACCGAUAAAGCUUUAAAAACAAAGAUCUAUCUUUAUUCAUGGAAUAAAUGUUUACAUCCUUUUAGCUUAGUGAAGAAAAAGAAACACUGCUACCAUUUUUGUAGAAAAUCCUCCAAUAUUGUUAUUAAAGGCUAAAACAACAUUAUUGUACUAUUAAAUGCUAUAUAUUCAUCUCAGGUAGGGUUUUGGAUUUUUGGGGAGAGAUGGCUGAGAUCAAGACAUUAUGAUUUCCAUUUAUUGUUUUGGUGAUCACAGCCCUGAACAUUGAUAUUGCAGGUACUUUCCCUGUGAUGAGAAAAGGUCAUGGGCAGGUAAUAGAAUAAGUCAAGGAUCUCAAAACUUGGCAACUUUAAGAUUCAUGCAUUUCAAGUGUCAGAAUUCUCCUAUUGGCUGGAGAAUUCUUGGAGUUGAAAUCCACAAGUCUUACAAUUGCCACGUUUGGAGACCCCUGAUAUAAGGGAUUGAAGCAUUAGGGUGAGAAGAACCUUUGAAAUAACUGUCACAUCUGUGUUAAAAUCCAUGGUUUAUAUCACUAUCUCUGUUGUGACUUAAAGGAAUACUUGCAAAGUGCUUUACCUUAAUGUAAAUCAAGCACUUUGUUGGUUUACAAUUCAACUACUUGGGAACUGUAUAUAUUUUUUUUAAAAAAAUCCAAUUUGCUUCUUUCAAUUCUGUUAAAUUAAAACAUCUGAUACUAGUUAGUCUUAGAAGCUCUUUGUCCAAAAAGCAAUAAAAAAGUGGUUAUUGAGGUGAUAAGAGACCCAGGAGACAACUAGGAGCCAGUUACCAAAAUCAACCUUGCCUACCUAUAAAGCAGGAGUGGUUUAGAAAAUGUAUUUUCUUAAUUGGUAAAGUUUGAUAAUUUCAUAAAAGCACUAUACUACUAAACAAUACUUAUGUAAAAGCAAAAUAAUGGUUUUUGAGAAUUGGUUAUGAGAUUAUAUACUCUUAUGAUAGCAUUGCUGAACACUAUCUUAAGCUUACAGUGGAAAGUUGUGUCCCAUGAAGUCAAUUCUGUGUGAAACAAAACCUUGCUAUAUUUACGUACUAGUUCUUCUAAUGAGAGAAAUCCUACAGUUGUUUUCAAGCAUGGUUUUACCCCUAUAAAAUACUUGUUUCAUAUUUUUAAUAUGCAGGCAAGUUUAAAAUAUGUACAGUAUGCUUUCUUGUAAACCUAAUGAAUAUUGUACUCACCAAAUAUUCUUACUGCCAAUUGCUAUCCUAGCAUUGCGAGAAGAUACUCACAAAAGCUUGGCAGAAUUAUCUUUUUUGAUCUAUCAAAGAAUUGCUUGAUAAAAGUAGGACAUUAUUUUGGCCAAUAUUACAUCCAUGAUUUGCUUCUAAAAGCAGUGGUAUGUAAAAUAGAUUGCUAUUCAUUUAUUAAAGGUAACUUACCAUCUUUGUGAUUUGCAAGCUUCAGCUAUUUCUCCUUUAGUAGAUUCAGAGCAACCUUUGUAAACAUGCAGAAAGAGAAAUGCUAAUUUGAAGUUUAGAAUUAAAUGAUUUGGCAACUAGCAAACACCAUCGAAAGAAAAGGACACAAAACAGAAAAUAUAUACUUUGCCUACAAGAUCAUUGGACUUAAACAUAUUCCAUUUUUAUAGAAGCAGCAUUUUGGAAACUUUUUCGUCCAUAAUUCCAUGGAUAUUAAAUUCUAACAUUAACAGAUAUGAUCAAAUUACAUAACAGGAAAUGGUAUGGGAGCUCUCCCCUAGCAAAAAGUGAAUAAAAUAUUUCUUGUAUUUUCUGUACUUUUAAGUAAUUUUUAAUGAACAGAUUCUUAUUUAAUGCCAGUGUAUUCAGAAUGAAAAUAUGUCUCUUUCAGUAUUUCAAUUUGAUUCUGGUAAAAGUAUCAGGAAUUUCAAAUAAUAGUUCCAGACUGAUAUAAAUGGAAGCAGUAUUGGCCCGGUUGCUAUGGAACAGGCUAAGCAGGAUUUAAUAAUAUUCAUCAAAGCACUGCUCAGUUCUUUCAUAAAUUUGUUUUGAUUAUAUUCACUGCAGAGGAAUUGUUCUUAAAAUAAUAGCGCAGAUAACAUUAAUUGAAUUAAAGUACUGCGGCUGUACUGCA